AUGGGUUCUAGAUUAAGAGAUAAUCCAGAAAGAAUAUUUGAACUUUUUGUAGAAAUUGGCAAACCAUCCAAUGAUGAUGAGGAGCCCUUCCUCCUUCAACAUUAUCCCCUUGACUAUGCUGAUGAGGGGAUUCUGAAAGAUGUGCCAAAAUUUGCCUUUCCUUGUGUAACUGAAUGUGCAGCUGUGGAUUAUUUUACCUUUGUAUUGACAGACAGUAAGAGCAAAUUCACUUAUGGCUUCUGUCGAUAUGCAACGGGUGCUCACACCUGCCUGUGUAUACUCAGCCCUCUUCCUUGGUUCGAGAUCUUUUAUCGGUUCCUUAACCUUUUGGCUGAGAUCAGUAACCGAACUGAAAACAAUGACAUCACUCACCUAUUGGGUGAAGCAUAUGAUGUUGUUGUUCCGGAUCCAUGUAACCAGGUGACAUUGGUUGCCCAGGAGGAGAUGUUUACCUUUACUGCCCCAGAUACAAAUAAGCUGCCAAGCAUUCCAGCCAGUAGAAAUUUAACAGAGUAUUAUAAUGCUAUGGACACAGCUAACAUGGUGAAGAUAUUUGCUUGCUUGCUCCAUGAGCGACGAGUUCUCUUUACCUCCAAGAAAUUAAGUCGAGUGACAGCCUGUGUCCAUGCAGCUGCUACUCUCAUAUAUCCAAUGAACUGGCAACAUUUAUUCAUUCCCAUCCUUCCUAAUAGUUACACAGAUCUUCUUAGCGCUCCUAUGCCAUAUAUCAUUGGUGUUCAUUCAUCUAUUAUGGAGAAAGCCAAAAAGUUAGAUCUAAGUGGUGUGGUUAUAGUGGACACUGAUAACAACACUGUCACCCAAGAAUAUGAUGAUGUCAGUGCUCUACCUGAUGAAAUGCUUUCUAUAUUAAAAAAAAUGUUACGCAAUGAUAAACUGAGAUCUUCAAUGCAAUUGGAAGGAGAUGCUAUUUCUCGGGCAUUCCUUAUGAGUUUGGUUCGUACCAUUGGAGGAUACCGUGAUGCUUUGAGGUUCCAACCCAAUGAAAAGAUUAGCUUCCAGAAAGAUGCCUUUUUGCUCACACGGCCAAGUAGUAUGCGGCCAUUUCUUGAAGAUCUCUUAGAGUUGCAAAUAUUCCAUGAAUUUAUCAAUGAGAGAUUGGAUAUGUUAAACUGUGGAAUUGGUUUCACUGAUGUGUUUGAAAGGGAAGCAACUCAACAUGCAGAUAAGCUGAAUGCUCAUUCCCGCUAUAAAGAAUGGUUAGGAAAUAUGAAGAAACAAGGUAAAAAGCUACAGAGAGGAGGAAAAGAUAUUUGGGAUGAUUUUAAAGUGAAGGCAGGUCCUGCUCUAAAUACUGCUGUACAGUCAGUUAAAAGUCAAGGUAAAAAGACCUACACUGGAAUCAAAUCCAAAAUUGAAGAUUUUUACAAGGAUGACCUGAUCCCAGGAGGUAACAGAUUUCCAAAUCUGAGGGUCCGUCAUGAAUCUGGAGGAUCAAAACCUUCCACCAUUUAUGGGUCAGAGCUCAAGUCAGUGCGGCCUCCUCGUCCACCGCCACGCAGCAAGUCUAGUGUGGUCCGUUCUCCAAAAGUCUACACUCGCAGUCCAGACAGUCGUUCCAGACAUUACCGUCUGAUUAGCGUGGAAGACAAGACAACAGAUGACAUAGACCUGUUGCGAACACAGAAGUUAAGUGUCAACCUGAUGGAUGACCCAGACAUACAAAAUGCUAUCCGCAAAUCUGUUAGUAUGGAGGAGAUUACCCAUCAGGCUGAAGAGAGUGAAGCAUCCUCCCUGGAGAGUGGGAGUCAUACACCGUCCGAAGGGGCACAUUUCUCUUACGUUGACCUAACAACAAUUGAUGAAUCAGCAGAGAACGCUGGUUCAGGUGACCAUGGACCAUCCUCUUCGUCUACUAAUGAUCCAUGGGUUUCAUCCAAUAAUGUUGGCUCCCACACAUUCACUCUCGGAGAAUCUUCAACUUCUACUGUUUCUCAAAAUAAUUGGUUGUCUUUUAACUCUCCAGAGAAAGAAAACGCUGUGAAGACGAGUGCAGCACCAGCUGUGCCCCCGCGACCUCCUGCAUCAACAAUUGCUGCCGUAGUGGCAGCUCUCCAAAAUGAUACCCCACCUACACCACCACCCAGAGGAAAGAAUCCACGGAGAAAAACAAAGGACACGUCACUUAUAAAAUUUGAGUCAGAAGAGAGCGUGGAAUUUGAUCCGCUUGAAGAAAAGACGCAGGAGCCUGCCUCUCUGGCUGGACCAGAGGCAACCCCUACACCCCCUCCUCCACCUCCUCCUAAACCGAAGUGUCCCCCGCCGAUAAGCCAACCCCCGGCUCCUUUACCUCGAAGAAGGCAGGCUGGUGGAAAUGUUAUAUCUCGGUCUCCUGCUUUUCGAGUAAACAAGCGAGGAGCAGGUCCACAGUCCUCUGCUCCUGCUGUCUCUUCCAGUCCGCAGGAUCGGUCAAAAUCAGCAGAAAAGAACUUAGCAAAUUACAAUAGCAAUGAUCCCAACCUGCUGUUUGAUCCUCUACUGAUUGAUUCCUCCACUUCGGACCAGCUGGAGAAAGACCAACCGCCAAGCAGUGCAACAGGAGCAGACAAUGACGAUGAAGAAGAGCUACUACAGGACUGGAAUUUCCACAAAAAGAAUCCUUACUCUACCCGACCGAAUACAACCGUUCCUUCUUCCUCCCCCGUUGUUGCUGCUCCACAACGGCUUCAAAACACCAGCCCUCUUCCGACACCCCUUAUCCCUUCUCCCUCAUCUACCUCCCCAGUGCCAUUCCGAUGCCGACCACAAGUCGGUAUUGGAGGAACUGGUGGAUAUGGCCGUUUAAGCCGGCAUACAUCAGUCGAUGUAGAUGUCAGUCAAAAACAAUCAACUGAACUGUUUGCUGACCUUGUGCAUCUUCAUAAAACCAAAAGCCGGACACCUUCUCCACAGCCAAGGAAUUGGAAGACAUUCCAAUAG